GUCAAGGAGUGCGAGGAGAACCAGUUCCAGUGCCGGAACGAACGGUGCAUCCCCGCCAUCUGGAAAUGCGACGAGGACGACGACUGCUCGGAUAACAGUGACGAGGCGGAUUGCCGAAAACAAAUCAGUAAGUUGAGUUUGGUGAUGGAGAUGAAGAUUUGGGCUGCUGCUUGUCUUGAGCAGUAGGUGGUCCUUGGCAGAAAAGGAGUUUGCCUGCUCUGAUGUGCUCUGCUCCCAGGGCAGACAGCUGCUUCCAGGCAGAGGGAAAUCCUCACUAUUUUAUGAUGCAUGUGAGGGAAGUGUUGGAAAAGCUGAGUGUAGUUUUUCUAGCUCUCUAUUUUCCAUUAAAAUUAUUAAUAUUUAAAUACCCACAAGGGAGGGGAAAAGGGUAAAAGGCCCUGUGAUAAAAUUAAUGCAGAUUUUCUACUCUGUGAGAAAUUCUGUCUGAAAUGCAAGUGAUAAAAACCUGAUUAGACUUUAGAAGUUACAAUGAUACUGUAAGCUAGUUGAAAAAUAAAACUAAACCCUUGCACACUGAAAUAUUUUCAAAAUCCAGAUUUUAACGUGUAAGAAGCCACAAGAUUUUUAAAGCAGGAUUGUGAGCUCUGUCACUGAUGGUCUCUCAGGGUGAGACAUCCUGUUUCUUGCCAUAGUAAUGAUGCCCUGGUAGACUGUGCUUCUGUUCCUGGCAAGGCCCAUGACUUUUCUUCCCAGAGCUGUGGCAGAUCUGGCAGCCCUGUGCCUUUUUCCUCAUGAAGAGGUGAAUAAAUGGUGUUAGAGCUCUCCUGCUCCGGAGUGACUCAGCUGUGCAAGAGUCAGCAGCCGAGCCAAGAACAGAAAUGAGGCCUCCUGCCUACCAGGCCAGUGCUAAACACACACAACUGCUCCUUGCAGAGGUACCUGUUGGACAAGUGGAAGGGUUUCAGUUUUUCCUCCAGCUUUCCUGGUUCUUUUCAGCCUAAGCUAAGGCCUGGCAGUCAGUCUAACCUCACGCUUAAUGCCAAGAGCAAGUGUUAGAAACUAGGAGAGAACAGGAUUUAUGGCUGGCUUGGAGCAAGGCUUACAAGCCUUUGGGCUGCAGCCAUGUAAAGUGAGUUUUAUUGCCAAUUUUUUUCCUUAGAUGUUCUGUUUCUGAUAGUUCAAUAUUAUUUAAUGCAUUAUUAAUAUUUAUUAAAUGCUUGAGAGCAUGUGUGGCACUGUACCAGGACCAGAGCAGUGAGGGACUGAGUUUCCAUGGCAGCAGGAGCACAGUCCUGUACUUGCAGAACCAGAAGGGCUCUUUUUGGCAACUGCUCUCUGUGCUGUUGUGAUUACUUUUUAAAGAUAGAUAUAUUAUUUAACAUCUAAUUUGUUAAUGCUGCAGAAUUUUGUCCAUCCUGAGUGAGAAUUUUGCCUGCUCAAAGAAAACUUGUGCUGAGUCAGAUUUCACUUGUGACAAUGGGCACUGCAUCCCAGCCAGGUGGAAAUGCGAUGGGGAAGAAGAAUGUCCCGACGGCUCGGAUGAAUCAGAAGCAGCAUGCACCAAACAAGUGUGUCCAUCUGAAAAAAUGAGCUGUGGAGACUUAAGCAACAAGUGCAUCCCGUUGUCCUGGAGAUGUGAUGGGCAGAAGGACUGUGAAAGUGGAAUUGAUGAGGCUGGUUGCACUCCUGCCUGUUCUCCCAACGAGUUCCAGUGCAGUAACAAGUCGUGCAUCUCCAUCAUCUUCGUGUGCGACGGCGACAACGACUGCGGGGACGGCAGCGAUGAAAGGAAGUGCUCCCCUCUGACCUGCAACCCCAGCGAGUUCCAGUGCAACAACAGCGUGUGCAUCCCGGAGCUGUGGGUGUGCGACAACCAGCCCGACUGCGAGGACCAGUCGGACGAGGCCAUGGAGAAGUGCGGCUACGACGCCAAGGCGCUCAACACGUGCGCGGCCCACGAGUUCCAGUGCGGCAACGGCGAGUGCAUCCACCUCAACUGGAAGUGUGACGGGGACGAGGACUGCAAGGACAAGUCUGAUGAGCAGGACUGCCCUCUGGUGACCUGCCAGCCAGAUGAAUUUCAGUGUGGCGAUGGGACCUGUAUCCAUGGAGCAAAGCAGUGUGACAAGGUGCACGACUGUCCUGACAACAGCGACGAGGCCGGCUGUGUCCAAGAGUCAGCAUGUGAAAGUCCCAGCAAGUUUCAGUGUAAGAGUGGAGAGUGCAUUGACGGAGGCAAAGUGUGCGAUUCACAUAGAGACUGCAGGGACUGGUCUGACGAGCCUCUGAAAGAAUGUGGUGUUAACGAAUGCUCGAUGAACAACGGUGGCUGCUCACACAUAUGCAAAGAUCUGAAGAUCGGUUACGAGUGCGAAUGCCCGCCUGGAUACAAGCUUCUGGAUAAAAAAACGUGUGGAGACAUAGAUGAAUGUGAGAAUCCAGACGCUUGUAGCCAGAUCUGCAUUAAUUACAAGGGAGACUACAAAUGUGAGUGCUACGAAGGGUACGAGAUGGACACCCUGUCCAAGAACUGCAAAGCUGUAGGCAAGAGCCCGUACCUGAUCUUCACCAAUCGCCACGAGGUCCGUAAAAUAGACCUGGUGAAGAGGGACUAUUCCCGGAUCAUCCCCAUGCUGAAGAACGUGGUGGCACUGGAUGUGGAGGUGUCAACAAACAGAAUAUAUUGGUGUGACUUGUUCUACCGAAAAAUCUACAGCGCCUACAUCGACAAAGCGAGCGACACGGCCGAGCAGGUGAUCCUCAUCGACAGCCAGCUCAACUCCCCCGAGGGCCUGGCCAUCGACUGGGUCCACAAGAACAUCUACUGGACAGACUCUGGAAACAAGACCAUCUCAGUGGCCACUGCAGACGGAAGCAGGAGGAGGACUCUUUUCAACAGUGACCUCAGCGAGCCCAGAGCCAUCGCUGUGGAUCCCACACAGAGGUUCAUGUACUGGUCUGACUGGGGAGACAAAGCCAAGAUCGAGAAGGCCGGUCUGAACGGCGUGGGGCGGCGCGUGCUGGUCACCGACAACAUCGAGUGGCCAAACGGCAUCACCCUUGAUUUGCUGAAUCAGCGUCUCUACUGGGUAGACUCCAAAUUGCAUUCACUGUCCUGCAUUGAUUUCAAUGGCAGCAACAGAAAAGUUCUGAUCUCCUCUGUGGAUGAUCUGAGCCAUCCUUUUGGCUUGGCAGUGUUUGAGGACAGAGUGUUCUGGACUGACCUGGAGAACGAGGCCAUCUUCAGUGCAAACAGGCUCAAUGGCUUGGACAUCUCCAUUCUGGCAGAGAAUCUCAAUAACCCUCAUGACAUCGUGGUGUUCCAUGAAUUAAAGCAGCCCAAAGCUCCAGACUCCUGUGAGCUCAGCCCCCAGCCAAACGGAGGCUGUGACUACUUGUGUCUUCCUGCACCUCAGAUCUCACCCCAUUCCCCCAAGUACACGUGUGCCUGUCCUGACAAUAUGUGGCUGGGUCCUGACAUGAAAAAAUGCUACAAAGAUCUUCCAAGCACUGCAGCUCCUGUGGUGGUUCCCACAACCACAGCGUCCCGUGCUGACGGCACCACGACCAUCGCCGCUGUACCUGGCAGUGCCAGUGACAGCACUGAAGUCGUCCCCAAAGCUGUACCAGAAGCUACAAUCACCACCCCAAGUCUUCAUUUACCUUCCACCACAUCCAUCCUGAUAGACUCUGAGAUGACCACUGGAAACAGCAAUUUAUCACAGCACUAUGCAAAUGAUGAUGAAGGCUUUGGUUCAACUGUGACAGCAGCUGUGAUUGGGAUUGUCAUUCCUGUGGUGGUCAUUGGCCUGCUGUGCAUGGGGGGAUACCUCAUCUGGAGAAACUGGAAGAGGAAGAAUACUAAAAGCAUGAAUUUUGAUAAUCCAGUUUAUAGGAAGACAACAGAAGAGGAAGAUGAAGACGAAAUCCACAUUGGGCGAACUGCCCAAAUUGGACACGUGUACCCUGCACGUGUAGCACUGAGCUUAGAAGAUGAUGGGUUGCCAUGAGGAUGAAGAUGCUGCUCCAAUCAUCUGAACACUGAACAAAUCUGCUUUGGAUCACAGAACCUGCUUCUUCUUUUUGGUCAUUAUUUAUGUUGCAGAAGGGUAACCACAAAGUUAUAAUGAACUGCAAACAUCCAAAGGAUGUGAGAGUUUUGUAUGUAUAAUCUUUUAUACACAUUUUAACUUGUUGCACUACCCAUUUGUGAUAGUGAAUAAGCAACAGCUGAGCUACUAACUCAAUGUACAUAACCAGCCAGGCUGAAGGUUCAGUAGCUAUUGCUUUAUUUUAAGACUAUAUUUAUAGAUAUUUUGUAAAUAUGUUGAAUAUGCUUUGUGGCUAUCCAUCAACAUAAGUAAAAUAAAUUCUGUACAGGCAGUUUAGAAAUAUUUAUUAACAAAAUCUGGAUUAUAAGAUCUGUUCUGUAAAUACAGUAGAGGGGUGAGAGUAUUUAUUUUUUGUAUGUUUGGCUUGCUGUGCAUAGAUUAUCUGUGUAUAUAUCUAUCUGGAUGAGAUAGAUAUAUAGGCAUAUAAAUAUAUACAUAUAUAUAAAUAUAUAUACAUAUAUUUUAAAACUACUAGCCUACAUUUAUGAAAAUUAGGAAUAAUUGAAUUUUUACAGGAUGUUUGAGAAGUUUGCUUUGAAAUCUAAAGACACAAUGUAAGGAAGAGCUGUAGUGUAAGACAGCUGACCAGUGAAGCACUCCAUAACAAACAGCUCCUGAUUUCCAUCCUGGCUCUUAAGGGCUGCUUUUACAUUUUCCAGUCUAUCCAUGAAGAAUCCAUGCAGUGCAUUAAACUGGAGAGCUAUUGCCUACAGCAUUUCAGUCAGGAGAACUCCUACAGCACCCAGGGUUUUUGUGCUGUAUUGUUGCUUUUUACAGCUUGGUACAAAUCUGAUUUGGUUUUUGUUCAUUUGUUUCUAAAUGUAAAUUUAAAUCCUUUUCCACACUGGGGAUCUUGCAUCUCUUAAAUCAGCUCAGAAUUAACAGAAACAAAGAUUUAGCCAUAUAUUUCCACACUCCCAAGUGAGCACUCUCCCUGGUUCAUCAGAAAACAGCACAAUAACAAAAGUCACUUCCUUGCCUCCUUGCCCUUGUCCCCUGCUCAUACUGAUAAAUAAUCAGAUAAUUUUAGGAGCUGCUGUGGCACACACAGAACUCUUCCCAAGUCCUGCCCAUGGAACAAGCUGCCCCUUGGCAGGUCUCUCAGCACUGGGCAAGGAGGCCAGGGCAGGUUAAAAAACCCAGCCUUUCCAGGGUCUCUGGCUGGGUCGUCCUGCACCUGGCAGGAAAAACACUUGGUUUUUCUCAUUUCAUUCUAUAGGAUUUCCUGGGAAUUCUGUGGGAAGUGAAUACACUUACCUCCCACUGUAUAAUGGACUAGCACCUUCCUGAACUGUACCAAAUCCUAGAGAAAUCUUCCUCAUGUUUUUAUGUCAGUCCAAGCUUUUGUAUUUGAGUGAGUAGAAGAAACUCAGGCUGAGUAGGUUUGGGGUUUUUUUUCCUUUUUUUCCCCUUUCUUUUAGAAUAAAUUUACAGAGUAAUGUGAGCUGGAAGCUGAUGCUAGACUAAGAGAAGAAAGAAAGUGUUUAAAGCCCUGGUAUGCAUUACAUCCAUAAUACAUACUCUCAAAUGCCUCAUGGCCUGCAUAGACAAUACAGAAGUAAUCAAGCAUCCUUCUAUUCCAAAUUUUAGAUUUUAAGGCAGUGACAACAUAAGUGAGAUAUCCCGUUAUUGUUUUAAGGUAUGAAGCUCUCUUUCUAUAAAUCCAUGCACUGUGUGCAUGAAGAAAAAGCUGAGAAAGGCUUUAUGUGAUAACACUGUAACUAACAGACGAAUGUAAAUAUAUAAGAAAGUUCUACAGUUUUGAUACUUUUUUAAGAACACACAAACAAACCUGUACAAACCACGUGUAAAAGGCUGCAGGUUUUUUCAAACCAUUGUAAAUGAACUCAAUGUGCAGUGCUGAUUUCAACCUUUACAGAUUUAUAACUACUGAGAAUUCAAACACCAAAUUUGUUUUUUAAGAAGUUAAUUAUUUUAAAUAAUGGUUCAGAUUGGUAGGUGAUAUUUAACAUUGUAAUCAUUUCUGCUCUGUCUUGUCAUACUGAAGUUCUGUUAGAGUAAGUUCUUGCUUGGUGCCUUUUGUGUUUCAGUUCUUACCUUCCAGACAAAAGGCCCAGGGAGGGGCGGGGGGCUCUGUGUAACACUUGCUGUACUGGAAACCAAAUGAACACGUUUGUAAAACAGUGCACUGUUUCUAUAGAAAGAUUAAAUUUUUUUAUCUGGAA